AAAGAAAUCCCAACCUGGGAUGAAUCUAGUCUGACGAAGCCGCCAUUUCAAAGCGCUAAGGGGCCACAGAAGCUGUAGCGGUUUUUGUAAACAUUUUUUUUUAUUUUUCUAAUAUAUUUUUAUUUUUAUUAUCAAGUUGGAAAAAAUAUAUUACUAUUUAAUCUACCUCGCCUGCACCACCAACUGAAAUGGAUGCAGACACAGAAGAGAAGGUGACAGAAACUUCAAAGACUUCCAAGGAUGAAUCUGAGAGACUUGUAAUCGAGAAUAAAUCCAGGGGUCGUGGGUUCAAAGGCCGUGGUAGAGGGGGUCGGAUGAUUCGUGGUGGCAUGCGUGGUGGAAGAGGCAUGAUAAAGGGGUUUGGUCCACCUGGACAUGGGAGGGGUCGAAUGAAGGAUGGAGCCAUGAAUGGACUUGCACCUAUGAGGGGAAUGGGGAGAAUGCGCCCCUACCCAGAUCUUAGAGGCCAUCGAGGUAGGGGUGGACCAAUGGGUAUGGGCCCGCCUCCUCCUCCUCCCCCCCCACCUCCCAUGCACCUCAGAGGCCCCUUCCCACCUAUGCCCAGGCACGGACCCCCUCCACCUCCUCCUCCAGGUCAUCCUGGUUUCAGAGGGCGCCCACCUCACCCUCGAGGCCGUGGUAUGCUGCCUCCUGGACCUCCACGCCACUUUCAUCCCCGCGGCCCAAGAGGCUACCACAAUGGACCGGUCUCUCCUCCGCCUCAUCCCCCACCUGGCAGAGGCCAGAGGUGGCCAGGGCCCCCUGGUGGCCGACGCUUUUAACACAGCCUGCCCUAAAAACAAUAACCAUGCACUUGUUAAUGGGGCCUAAAGUGGUGCAGUGAAUGAAACGCCCUGAACUAUGUGUUAUACAAAGUCUCUGAGUAUCUUUAUUACAUACUCUGUGGCCAAAUGUCUGGUUAUUGAUAUUGUCUACUGGCAAAGAAAUAAUGUGAAAUGACUAACUACAACCGAGGACACAUAAAAUGCCUCAAAACUUAACAUUGUAAAGGCAUUCUUACAUUCUGUUACCUAUAAAUACUGUUGGUACUGUAGGAACUAUUUGACUUUGUUGAGAAAAGCUGUUAAAAACAAGUUUGAAACCUCUGUUUUCAAAGGAAGGAAAAUUCUUGUCAAAGUUCAUUAAAUGUUCUUUGGUUCUUGUUACAGUCACCCUGUGAGCCUUAAGAAAAUUUCCUGAUUCUUAAUAAAGAAUAAAAUAUGGGUGACAAUGUAUGUUUGAAGGUAGGGGAAGGGGGGAAAAUUUAUGAAAGUACACAACAGCCCUCAAGCACCACUGUUAACUAGUUUAGUAAACCUUGGACCUCCCUAACCUUUCGUUUUUGUUACAAGCAGUGCAGCAAAUAUUGUUUAACACUUAGACAUUUUUUAAGUGAUCAGACAAUAUUCCCCUUGUCAAGUAUUCAUGAAUAUUUAAUUUUAUAUUUUAUAUCGUUAAUGUGCAGCUAUUUUAAGUUAUGAGUAUUGCUGUUUGGAACAUUCAUGUUUGUCUCCAGCAAUCUAUUGUGUAAUGACAAAAAGGAAAAAGAAUUAUAAAUGAAUAUUACACUGAAAUAUAUAUCUAGUAGCUUUUAUAAAUGAAAGCAAAUUCCAUUAGUAUUUGCUUCAGUUAAGGAUAAGAAUUUACUCUUUACUGUGUUUAGUUUUUUGAAGUGUUACAAAUACUUUAUUCACUGUAAUUAACAUAACUUUUGUGAACCUGUGAAUGUGUUUUAUGCAAACCGUCAAGACAUAUGACGUAGUCGUGAAGAAAAAAAAUAAUAAAACUAAAAAUAAACUCAACUCUUUUUGUUUCUUCACAAACAAGUCUGAGAGUUGUCAUUACAAUUUACAACAUUUCAUUAAUAUCUGAAACAGAAUGAAUGGCAAUGUCAGAGCUAGUGCUGUACACAGUGGCACAGUAACUGUUUGAUAUUUGAAAGUGAACAUUUGAUCCAUGCAAAGACCACUGCAAAGAUGCUCAUAAUUAUGGAGAAUUUUUUGAAUGAUUGUGGAGGACCAGGAGCCCUAGUGAACAUACUAGUUUUUCUGUAGGCUUGCUGAGGGCUGAAAUUUAUUGUAGGUUUGGAAACCUAAUCUAUGAAUUGCAUCCUUAGUUGCAGAGGACAUAAAACAUGAGUUUCAUUUACUCCAAGCAGUGUGUUACCAUAUAUCUUCCCAUGUAAAUCUCACUGGAGGAUUCAGAACCGCUCCACUUGCAAGGCAUUGAAAUGCUCAUGACUGAACGUCAUGUCACAUAUCAAAUUCAGUGGUAGCAUGUCUAAAAGGAGGACAUCAUCUGCAAGGAUAAGCACUGUCAUAUUUUUGGUAAAUUGUCAGUAAUUUUAAUUUGACUUCAAAGGGGACCAAUGGGUUUUGAGAAUUUCAGUAUUGUGUAUUGUCCAGUGUCUAUUCUAAUAGUUAAAUUUUCUUAUAUAAUUUCUGCUACACCCCAUAUAUUUGUAAUCAUAAAAAUACAAAUUUGUAGCCAUGGCUGUAGAUGGAAUAACAGUAACAGUUAUGAUAAUCAAAUUCAUGUUUUGAACACACAGAUUUGCUCUUAAAUCGAGUGGACACCAAUAAUCUAAAUAUUUGAGCUCUUCCAAGUUUUUGCAAACUGUGUGAAUGCAUGUGGCUUUUUUUUCCGUAAGGCAUAAUAAUUUAUUAAGAUAAAACAAAAGCCCUGCUGUAAUGCAGAAGUACAAUCACAUGAAGGAGAGGCAUUUAUUAUUAAUAAAAAGUCUGUUGUAUGUAGCCUACUGCUGGCACAAACAAGGAUUGGAUGACAUGAUUUCUGGAAGAAAGAGCAUUUUAUUUACUGAGCCACUCAGAUGCUGAAGAAUACACACAUAUGGCUAUAAACAUCAAAAUAAGAGCCACAGACAGGUGUUGCACUCUCCCCUUCUCUGUCUGUCUUUUUCCAUCUCUUCAGCACUUUCAGUACAUUUUGCUGCCUCUUCAAUCUCUGCAGUCCCUUCUUGUUUCUCCCUUUGGUUGAUUGUAACAGACUGACUGUUGUUGUCUCCUGAAGGGGGGCACACAGUACAGUUAACCUACCAGGCCCCAGGAACCCAGGCCCUCCCUCACAUCUCUCCCCUCCUUCAACAGCAGCGAGACACCAGAGGUCCGGCACUUCGCUUGAAAAGGUGAGCCUCCUCUUGUGCCUUAAUCCCUUAACCCCUCUGUCUCUGAUGCCUGGAGAUUCUCUCUUUCAGGAUGGAAGGUGAAACAACUACAGAUACUACACAGGUACUUUGUCUCUCCUCAAAUGGGUACAAACAAAAUUCUGAUUUGGAGAGAUUGUUGCUCAAUUUACAUGGAAGUACUUUGAAAUCUAAACUAUAAUAGCUAGUGCAAUUUAUGGUAAUUCAAAGAGCAUGCAAGGAUAUAUGCAGGAAAAGACAGAUCAGUGUUUUUGCACUCCCACUCUCAACUCACUUGAGUUGAUCUAUAGGCCUUUUUGUUGGCAUGUCACAGUAGGAAAUACACAGGUAGAAAUGAAUGAAGGCUGAAUUAUUGUGCAUGCUGGAUCACUGUCACAAUUGAGGCUUGAUGGACACUUGAAUAAAACAGCCAUCAUUAGUCCUUUUCUACUAUGACAAGCCAAAAUGUCAGAUGUGAAUGAGGUCUUUGGCAAAGCAGAUUUAAUUGGAUAAAGCAUCAGCAGCAAAUAUUGAUCACUUCUCACUUGUGGGCCAGAAAGCCAACAGGUAAGUUCAGAAACUCAACCUAAAAUCUACAGCAACAGGGCACUAUACUGUUGUUUAUUUGUCCUGGUAAACAUAAACUUACACUUCAUCACCACAGUUAUACCAGUUCCCAUAAUCAUGAUGUUCGUAUUUAAGUGACAAUAUCCUGUCACUGAUGAAGUGACAAAAACACUAAU